AUGCUUACAGCACCUCAACGUUCCCUGAAUAUGAUGGAUCCCAUCAGAGAUCCAAAAAUCUAUCAACGCCCACCAAAUGGUGCGGCUCCUCGACAAUAUGCCAUCCCCGCUAACUCGAGUGCCCUUGGACAUGGACGGUCACGUUCUACAGGACUCAGCUAUGCUGAACAUGAGAUGAUUAGACAUCGGAAGACACCCAAUGGCGGGAGGUUGUACGAGCCAGAUCCAGCUGCAUUAGACAAGAGUGUGCAAUUACCCGCGUCAAAGCAUCUCAUCCUCGCUUCAUCGCCAGCAUUUCAGCAGCCUACACCUUCCUUCGCCGGCUCGUCACCAUGGUUAGACACGAGCCGUUCCCAGCGACCAGACCGUUUUGACGGGACAGAUAUGGGAAGAGAUGGAAGACAAGAAAUACAUCCUCAGCCAUACAGGGCCUCGAAAUCAUUGCCGUUUCGCCCAGCUUGGGACUUUCCUGGCGGGUUAGAUUCCAUGCUCAAUCAGACGCUGCCAAUACAGCCAACACAGAGGUACUAUGUCCAACCCGGCUCGAAUAUCCCCACCGUCCUCCCCGCUACCCUUCAAUCCCAAUUCGGACCUACCGCAUCUGCUGGGCAAGAGUUAUAUGGGCCGUAUUGGCCAGAUGGAACAUACAAUCCCUAUCGUCCAGCUGCCAUUCGAGACAGUCGUUUCUUUCCACGAGCCCCGACUGAAAGGUUUCCUUUGGAUCAUCACUUCGACCACUUUCAUCCUCUUCGAAAACAUGGCCGGUUGCCAGUUGCGCCAAAUGACAGUUAUCUGCACAAUAUGUCCCAGCAGAUGCUGGGUACGCCUAUGGGAUUGGUUGAGUCGCCCUCGUCCAAAUGGAAUCUUCACCAGAAUGCUUUCCAGGGCCCACAGUUCCCGUACACUCAUCCUUACUCGUUACGUGACCGUGCAAUAGCAGACUCGAUAGCUCCUGUGACCGGACCAACACUUGUAUCUCUUAUCCCUGGUCCUCGUUCAGAACGCAUUGCCUUCAGAGACAAGACCUUCGCCUGGGCCAACAAAAUUUAUAUGGAUCUUCUUCAAACAAUCAGGUCUUCUUCCAAGGAACAGCGUUCCGGCACACAUGCUGCCUCGGGCAUGAGGUCUGCAAUGAAACCCGCCAUUUUCCCCAAACCACCCGUUAGAUCUGGAUCACACUUCCAAACGGAGUCGAAGGACCAACCACCGUCUCAGCGGCGGGAGGCCUGUCCCAGCUUUUUGGUAAGUGGCGGCGAACAGUCCGCGUACGAGAUUCCAUCCCGACCACAGACUGCCAUAUUCAGAGCGCCCAAAGCGUUGACCGCGCAAGAAUUUGGAUCGUUUCCGAAUCAGAUUGAGCCCAAAAAUAUCUCUCGACAACAGUAUGAAGUUGGGCUUCCAACGCAUGAGAUGAGGCAGGUCAGCACCAGGGUCAACAACGUGCAACAGGUGUCCUUCUUCGAAUCGGCAGCUACUGCACUCCAAACCAUGGAAUUGCUAUGUCAAGAAGCGGAUGUUCCUUGGGUGGACGGUAUGCUGUUGGCAGGGUGUCUGGCUUACGGCCUGGGCAACUACGUCAAAGCUGAGGAAUGGUACAGGGCAGUUUUGAGACAAGAUCCCAGCCACAUUGAAGCCAUGUCUAACCUGGCAGCAACCUGCCAUGCGCUCCAUCGCCGUGAAGAUGCGCUUAAGUAUUGGUCAGAUGCUGUCAGCUUACGACCGAGCUACUUUGAGGCCGUGGAACAUCUAAUCGGGCUGCUGUGCGCUAGCCAUAGGGCCAGGGAAGCUGUCAGUGUGAUCGAGUAUGUGGAGAAUGCACUUCGGGUCCGGGGUGAAGAUGCUCAUAACUCUUGGGCCGAAUUGAGUGACGCAGAAAGCGAUACCAAAAGCCACGCUUCGAGUAUCAGCACCGUUGCCUCAUAUGACAACGCUCAGUAUGACUACGACACCGAUUACAGCCAGAAUAUCUCGGUCGUAUCCGAGUCUCAGCCUCCUGGCUACGGUUCGAGCGGCUAUGCAAUCGCUGGGGCGGACAAUGGACGGAUGCUAGCUCUUGUGCAUGCCAAAGCAAAUAUGUUAUAUGCCCUCGGCCAGAAUCACACCGCCGCUACAGCAUUCGAGGAUGCCAUACUAAUCUCGACAGGACGCAGGAAGCAAGGGAUUAGAGGUCUGAUUGAUGAUAUUUUGUCGGCUUGUCUGUGCACCAUCCGGGAUCGAGAGUAUGUCCGAGCAAAGCUUGAGAGCAAGGAACCCAUUUUGCUGGCUCCCGAGCACGCUGAAGCAACUGCCAGACACAUGUUCCCACCAGAAGGCAAUCUUCCUGGUCUAGAAUAUGUCUCGCCGCCCUUUGCAGUACAGGCUGGAAUCUCCACCACCAGUAACUGCCUCCUCUCGCUCGCCAAGAUCUAUCAGGAUGGGAUGUCCAAUGCGACCGAGAUUGGGAGCCUGAAAUCUCCGACGACAAGGGAGAUCCUCGCCCUGUACUACUUAUCCUUGUCUCUGCAGCGGAGUCCUUCAACGGCGAACAAUGUGGGAAUCCUCCUUGCUAGCGUUCAGCAAAGUGUACAUCCCGACCACCUCGCCGAUUCGAACUUUUCCCAGAUCUCCAACAUACCAGGAGUUGUUGCGGGCACCGGCGUGUCGCUGGCGUUGAUGUAUUACAACUACGGCCUCAAUAUCGACCAGAAGCAUGCUCAUCUGUUCACGAACUUGGGCAGCCUGUUGAAAGAUAUUGGCCAACUUGGCGCUGCAAUCAAGAUGUACGAGCGGGCGGUAGCAUGCGACGGAAGUUUCGACAUCGCGCUGGCCAAUUUAGCAAACGCCGUCAAGGAUCAAGGCCGGGUGUCCGAUGCGAUUGCCUACUACAAGCGAGCAGUGGCAGCCAACCCUGACUUUGCCGAAGCAGUUUGUGGACUAGCUACGGCCCUGAAUUCGGUGUGCAGUUGGGACGGCCGGGGAGGCAUUUGCGCAAAUGACAUCCUGCGCGACAGUGUUCAUGUAGACGAGCGAGGAAUGAAACAACCUCCGUCGCGGCCACACGGCUGGAUCAACCGAGUGGUGGAAAUCGUCAAGAAGCAGCUCAAGGAAGGGGAAACUUGGGGAUGUGGAACACUAACCCCAGCAGUCAUCGACUCAUUGGCCUUGCAAUUGACCUUGCACAAACAGUCGUCCCGGGACAAUGGACGAAAUCAAACACUAGACACUGUACGACAAGCACUCCGAUACUGGUCCGGACAGAGAUGGGAAGGAUCCAGGAUCGUGCGACUUGUUGAACGCGCGAUCCGCCAAAUUGGCUGGCAAUGGUAUCAGGACCGUUAUGUACGUCGAAGGGAGUACCCGCCUCGAAAAUACGCUCGACCAUAUCUCCCCAACGCGUUAACUGCGCCAUCGGCGCCAACAGUGCUUCCCUUUCAUACAUUCACGGCACCACUCUCGGCGAAACAGGUUCGACAGAUUUCACAACGCAACGCUUUGCGUAUCUCUGUCUGUACUCUUCGAUCCGCGUGGCUUCCAGCGACCGUUUUUCCACCGCCAUCGCCUCCGAAUCCUUUUCUGAAUGUGGGCUAUGUCAGCUCCGACUUUAACAAUCAUCCUUUGGCGCACUUGAUGCAAUCCGUCUUCGGGCUGCAUGACCCAUCGCGAGUGAGAGCCAUAUGCUACGCUACAACUGCCUCGGAUGGCUCUAUCCACCGUCAACAGAUUGAACGUGAAGCACCAAUCUUCCACGAUGCGUCAUCGUGGAGCGUGGAACGUCUUGUCAACCAAGUUGUGAAGGACAAUGUCCACAUUUUGGUCAACCUCAAUGGGUAUACUCGAGGCGCACGAAACGAAGUGUUUGCCGCCCGGCCUGCACCUAUCCAUAUGUCUUUCAUGGGUUUCGCUGGCACACUGGGAGCUGAAUGGUGCGACUACGUGUUUGCAGACACGAUCUCCGUGCCGCCGGACACACUUUCGCCGUGGCGACGGAAUGUGGAUAUUGAAGAUCGCCUUCGGGCGGACUCGUUGGUGGAGGACGUCGAGGACUGGGUGUACUCUGAAAACGUCAUCUUUGCCCGCGACACGUUCUUUUGUGUCGACCAUAAGCAAAGUGCGCCGGAUGCCGAGAGUGGCCCUCCCAACAACAAGGAUCCCGCCAUACGUGGAGCAGCUUGGGAGCGCGAACAAGACAAGCGCUGGAAGCUGAGGAAAGAGUUGUUUCCAAACCUAUCCGACUCAGCCGUCAUUUUGGGCAACUUCAACCAGUUGUACAAGAUCGAUCCAGCCACAUUCGACAUGUAUCUCCAGAUCCUCAAGGGAGUUCCCAAUGCAAUAUUAUGGCUGUUGCGUUUCCCGGAUCUGGGGGAGCACAACCUCAAGCGCUACGCAGAGAAAUGGGCCGGCAAGCAAGUUGCUGAUCGAAUCGUGUUUACCGACGUGGCUGCCAAAGGGACUCACAUUACACGAGCCGCCGUCGUGGAUCUCUUCCUCGACACACCCGAGUGUAAUGCGCAUACCACUGCUGCCGACACAGUGUGGUCUGGCACGCCGAUUGUGACGUGGGGCAAAUGGAAAUAUAAGAUGUGCAGUCGGAUGGCGGGAAGCAUUGUAGCUAGUGCACUACCAGAAGGGCGCGAAGGCGAUGAAGCGCGGAGAGAUCUGCUGGUUCGCAGCGAGAAGCAAUACAUUGACACAGCGAUUGAUCUCGCCCUCGACCUCAAAUACCCAUCGUCCGAGUCGAAUGGGCAGAGAAUGGGGCGUGGCCGGGGGAGAUUGGUGGAGUUGCGGCGCAUGUUAUGGGAAGGACGGUGGUCCAGUCGGUUGUUCGACACGAGGCGAUGGGAACGCAGAACUCAGAACGCAGAGAAGAGACGAAUGCUUGCAAAAGAGGAAGAGUAG